UGCCUUCUCAAUUGAUGCGCCCGCGAUACUUCAGUGCCUGGAUCCAUAAAUUCGCCUUGACAAAGGCAGAAUGGACCAUCCCAGCACCAGCCGGAAGCGCCAGCUAUCGCAAGACAGCCAAGAUACGCCUCCGCAGAAACGCGACCAGCGAGAGGGAGGCCGUGCAGACGCAGAGCAGCGGACAGGACAGACCGCACGCGGAUCCCAAGGCCCCUGCGCGAAGUGGUGCACCCUUCGUGACGAUGGUGGCUACACAAUCGACGAAACCAUUAUUCGGAAUCAUCUGACGCCGGACGCUCGUGAUGGCCCGGUGUUAAUCCGCGACAUUUUAUCCGGAUACGCGAUCGGCGGAGCAAUCUCGCCGCUUAUUUUUGAGCAUGCGAGCGAGGACGAUGGGGAGAGUGUUUGGUUUCGCUCUUUGCCCUAUUUCGAGGGGUUGAUUGCAGAUGGGGCCGCCGGGAAACAGCGAUAUCGGGAUUUAAGUCAGAACAGGAAAUGGAUUGUUGCGGCCGGCGUUCGCGAUCUCUAUCUUGCUGCGUGGAAGGGCCACGCGGAUGAGCGCGAGCAGCGGAUUCUUCAUGGUAUGGUCGAGGUGAUCGGACAGCCAAUCGAAACCGCGAGCAUCGACGGCAUGCAAGUUUCUUGCUGUCCAUCAGCAAGCCACAAAGUGCUCAAAUUCAUCGAGAACCUUGACCAAAAGAUCGACGUACUGAGCGUUGUCUUCUUCGCACAGAUACUCGAGACCCCAAGGCUCUUCGCUGUCUUUGUGGACCCGUUGGAGUUGUCAUAUCACAAUUUCGAGAACAUUGUCCCGCUGGAUCGGUGGAUGGAGGCACACGGAGGGAACCUCGAAUUGUCAUUCACCCCUCCAAAACGACCAAGCUUCUUGCACGACAUCCUAACAUGCGAGCUCGAUGGGGAAUCCGUCAGCCUCUUGAAGGAACUCUCCUCGCUAGACCUCUAUACGCAACCCCUCAACAAGGAGGCGCGCGGCGGCCAGCGCUUCAUCUUCCACUCUGCCCUCCUGAGCAAAGCGCUCACGAGCGCCAUCCGCAACAGCGGCAUCCUAGCGAAUCUAACGGAUGGCUCCCUUGCCCCUGCCUUUGAGUUCGUCAACUACGUCUUCCGCUGCAACCGCUUCUCACCGGGGGAUACCCGCUUCGCGAACCACCUCGACACACCAUACUACGACAGCGAACGCUCCCAUGUAUCAAAGUACACACUGCUUAUAUACCUGUCCUCUGGCACCGGCAAUCCUGCCCUUCGCGUCGACAACGUCGAUCUAGAAGAGAUAGAAGAAUUCACCUGCGUAAUCUUCGACCAGAGGCUCCAUCACGAGGGUCAACCGUUCCUCUCCCGCGACAAAGUCUUCCUUCGCACGGAGCUCAUCUUCAAGGACGACACCCUCAUCCACGAUACUCGAAUUGCGCCCCUCUUCUCCACGGCGUGUUAUCUCACGGGGCAGGACGUCUUUGGCGAGGAGCUGGGCAAGUACGCGCACGAGUGUUUUGAGCGAGCAAACUCCCUCCACUGGGCCCUCGAACAAGACACCAGCGCCCCAGAUAAAGCACCGCUCUACCUCCACAAGACCUUUCGAACCGCGCAGUUCAUCACGAACGGGUACGACUAUUACUUCAAGCGCACGCCAGACCCAGACGCGUCCAUGACACCAGCCGACUGCGCAAUCCUCGCCGUCCUCGACUACCUCAACUGCAAAAUCACCACACGCCCCUUCCGCACCCUCUGCGACACAAAACCCCUCCGCGCCACCCUCUCAUCCACCUCCGACAUCUGGCGCCUCUUCGACGCAGACGACGAGCCCAUCCCUUUGACUUCAACGCGUCCAGCCAUAUCCCGCCUGACAACCAGCGACAUCACCCCGCUGAUCCGCACACACCCAAAUGAACCCUUCAUACGCCGCCGCUGGGAGGGCGUAUCUCCAGACGCCGAUGACGACGAAUAUGAAGAGUCCCACCCACCCUGCUGCAUCUUCCACUGCUGGCAGACUUUCGACGCAUGGCGAGACCCGGACGUCCGCACAGACUACCGGAAGUGCUGGGCGUAUACGCGCGACCGGCUAUUCGGGGUCCCGCUCGUGAUUCUGGGCCACGAGGUCUUUAUCAAUGAAUCGCAGAUCCUAGUUCAGGAUGAUAAGAUUUUUGUCCUGCGCGGUUCUGGCCCUGGUUCGGAGACGGCGCACGGGGCCCUGCCGCCGCUGAAUUUCGCCGCCUGUUGGGGAAAUUGUCUACCGUCUAUCACGAUCGUCGUUGACGGCGAGGUGCAGACGCCCGAGCUGCUCAUCCCACCGAUUGUUUUCUAUGAGUCUGAGGACGGGUGGCAUCUCGUUCUGGAUCUGUUUCGGAACGAUUGGAUGGUGAGCGUCGAUGAAGAUAAGGCGGUCCCGUUACCUGUCAUCACAAACGAUGUCCCCGAGGAGGGGUUUUACGGUGAGUUCUGGGAUCGGGUUGAAGUUGGUAGUGAUGGCGUAAGAGAGAUGGAAGAGGAUGAUGAUGACGGCUGGGGCGAAUUUGUGUGGCCUGAUUUAGAUGAGGGUGAGGGGGCUAGUGAGGGUUCAGAGGAUGCUGAAUCUGAUCCUGACUCUGACGUUGGAGGGAGUAGUGUUUCUAGCGUUACUAUAUAG